UAAUUUUCAUUGCAUUGCAGCUUUUACCGACUUGACAUUGAAUAUUUAGCAUUUGAAGUGAUAGAUUCUGUUCUGUAGUUUCUGGGGUCAAAAGUUAAACAAUGGCAUCGACUAGUGAAGAUGAAGCACUCGUCCAAGUGGACUUAACAACAUGGAGUCUGGACCAGUUGUUUGGAAUGAAGCAUACAGUUGAACAAGAGUGUGCUGUUCUAAAAGAGUCGCAACAGGCUCUUCAAGAUUGCAAGGAAAAGUUUGUUGCAUCUAAGGAAGCGUUAGAUGCAAUCCAACCCAAUUGGGAAAACCGUGAAGUCUUAGUUCCGCUUACAAGUAGCCUUUACGUGAACGGACGCAUUAAGGAUCCAAACAAUGUCCUAUUAAAUAUUGGUGCUGGAUAUUAUAUUGAAAAGAACUUAAAUGAGUCCAAGGAGUAUUUGGAGAAACGAAUCGCAUACGUUCAAGAACAAAUAGAGAAAGUGGAGAAGGUGCGACUACACAAGGUUAUGUUUAUUGAUGCCAUCGUUGGGGUUUUAGAAAUGAAAAAGAAAGCAGCUUCAAAUCAGUCGUAAAAAGAACAAUAUAUAUCUUACUUUAAUAUCUACUAUUUCGCAUUA